ACAUACCACAAGAAAUUUGAUAAACAUAUCCAUAAGAAGCCCUCAAAUCCUUCAAUUCAUACCUUAAUAAUUAUUAAUUUUCUUCCAUGGAAACUUCAGAAUCACUCUCUAUUGAGAGCUUCUCAUAUAGUUGGUUAGUGAACCUAAAACCAUCUUUUGAAAGCCCAAAAGGUUCAUUUAGAGACUCUUUUGAUGAAUCCAAUUUCAUUGAAAUGGACCCAAAACUCUCUGCUUCUCAAAGAUUUCUUGUUUUUCAUCAAGAUUUUAACUUUGAUCAGCCAACAUUCCAACCUUGUGUUCAUGCCGAUGAAUUGAUUUCCAACGGGAUUCUAGUUCCUCUCUUUUUGAAGCCAUUGGAUGUUGGAAUCUAUAAUUCUAGUUCCAAUUCCACUCCCAUUUCACCCAUGUCGCCAAACACUCUAGAGAAGUCACGCUCUCUUGAAAGAAGCCGUUCUUUAUCUUUUAGAAGGUAUAAAAGAUUACCAAAAAGAGUUGUGCAAAAGUAUCUGAAUUUGGUUAGGUUGAUUUGGCUUAGAAUGAGAAGAGGAAGAUGUGAUGCUAAUGCACUACAAAGAGUACAAAGAACCAACACUUGGGAAUUUUCAGGCACAAUCGAAGCGUGUGGUUCUGAUAAUUGGUCUAGAUCUUGGGUACUUGAGAGCCCCAAGAGUUGCGCUUCGUCUCCUAGGAUAACUGAUGCAUAUGGCGUGGAUAAUUGUAGAAGAUCUUGCGAUUCCGAGUGCUCAAUCUAUGAAGCAGUUCUUCACUGCAAGAAAACCAUUGGCUGCAAAUAAAGGUGUGACAUGAAGACACAUAGAAGAUGCCAAGAUAGUACAACUUGUAGAUAAUGUAAGCCGAUAUUUGCUUAUUUGGAUAAUAUGAUUAAUUCCAUGGAUGGAAGAGAAGAACCAUUAUUAGUCCUUACACGUGAUGUAAUUACUUGUAGUCCAAACUAUGCUACCAUUUGGAUGACCAUAAAUCAAUUUUUGUUGGGACUACUACUACUCUACUAGUAUUAGCCGUUUCUUUGGUCACCAAAGAAGUUCGAGCUAGGAGGAUGAUCCAUUGUUUUACUUAAUUUGUCUACUUAAAUCACGUACAUGAGAGUUUUUAUUA